UCUUUCACUCACCGCUAAGGCUUUUUCCGCAGAGCAGAUCCAAACCCGUCACCAGGAAAACAUUUUUUCUGCUAGGGCGCCGCUGGUCACAAUCGAGAGUUGCAUUCAGGUCCUCUGCAUAUUUUUCCAUUUAUACCUCCGAUUGUCGCCUGAAACUGACAUGGGAGACAAUAAGUUGAAAGCAAAGAUCAACGCUUCGCCUUCUACAGACAAUGAUCUUUUUGCUAAAGAACUUGAAGAGGAGCUCAUGAAACACACCCAACCUAUGGAAAACGGAGUGGAUUGGCAAUCUGUUGAGCAAACUGAGAAAACUCAAGACGUGGAAGUAGUCGACAAAGUGGAUUGUCCUAAACCUGCCAUAACUUGUGGUCAUAUGACGGUUGAAUCAGAGGGCAAAGAUAUGGACUUAACAGAGAGUUGGGGCUCGUUUGGUGGCUCUAAUUGUGAAGUUGAUAAUGUUUAUGCAUUUGGUGAAUCUGAAGCUUUAUCUAGUGAUGGUGAGAAAGCAUUUGAACAGGAUAUGCUCGCGGAAAGAGUGAAAAAGAGGUUUCUCAGGAGAAGAAAGCUGAAAAAUCCGUGGAGAAGACAGAUACAUCCUUUUUUGUGGCAUUGCAAAUGCACUGAAUCGCAAAUCAAGAAGCUAAAGGAACAAGCUCAGUUAUAUGAAAAAAAACUUGAGGAGAACCGGCGAAAGAAGCAGGUCGAUAUAGACAAAGCAACACUGGAAGUAUCCGGUCUGAAGUCGCUUCCUUUGCCUCGCUACUAUCGUGAAAGCAAAAUUUAUAAGAGGAAAAGAAGAAGAUAUGAAGCAACUAAGGACCCUGCAGCAUACAUGUGGAAUCAUAACCUGUUUUCUUAUUAUGAGUCUGGGAAAAAGUCAUCUGUUAAAGCUCCUGUCAAUGUAUCUUCCUCAAAGAAUCCUGCAGAGAGAACCGCAAAACCAAUCAGCAAUGAUGUAGACUAUCAUGACUUUGAUGAACAACCUUACGCCAUUGGGCGUGGUAAUGAUGAUAUAGCGUUGGAAAAUCUGUACCGCAAACUUUCAUUAUUACAAACACAUGUUGGCGAGCUUAAAAGCAGAGCCAACAAACUGAUGAAUGAACAUGCCAUUACCGAGGUUCCUCCCAUUGAGAACUCGAUGCUUCCCGCAGCUCCUCAUAAUGCUUUGGCCAUGCCCCCUCCAGAUACUAAUGACAGAAUGACACCUCAGCCAACACAGAGCCAGAAUAUGGAUAGCAAAGCUGAGCUUGAGGGUGCUUUAGUUGGUGGUCGAGCAGAGGUCGUUCCCUGUGCAAGCAGAAGCACAGAUGAUGACAAUGUUCUUGUGUACAGUCGGAGGGACAAGGCAAACAGAAAAUUACCCGAUGGAGAAAACUUUCAGCUAGUGCAAAAGUCGGGUGGGCAAAGUAUCAAUAAUUCUCCGGGCACAGCUGCACAAUCCAAAUCCAAGAACUAG